GGGCGCCAGGGCACGACCACAACGGAUACCUUACCUUACCUCUACCACGACACCAUUAUCUUCUUCCCUUCCUUCCUCACCAGCUCUCCGCUGGUCUUUUCUUUCUUCUUCGGCUCAUCUUCUUCCUGCCUUUAUCUUUUCUCUUCAAGUUUAACUGUAGCUUACCCAGGGCUUCUAGCUGCUGUGCAUCUCGAUCUGUGUUGGUCGAUCCAGAUCUGCACCCGAGCAACCAAGCUUCUCCAUUUUCUUUCUACAUACAUUCUGCAUCUCUCCACCUGUUUUUGUUGGUCGGAGCUUCAUUCCAUUUGUUUUCUAGCUUAGUUCUUCAGCUUUCAGCCUUCAUUCGAAAUAAUCAGCCGACUCUGCUCAGAUCAGCCGCUUGUUUCGGCACCAGAUUUGGAAAGGCUCAUGGAGUGUGGACUGAAAUCCCUGGGCAGCACCUCCGCCGCAGCAUCUCCUUCUCUGAUGAUGGCUUGCAGGCCGUUCCCGCAGCCGCCGCUCCUGCCGCUGCCGCAGCACUUCCAGGCCUCGCAGGCGCCGGCAGGCCAGCCGGCCGACCUGCGCGCCAGGAAGAGCCCCAAGAAGCCGGCGACCGGGGCGGCAUCGGCACCCAUCGUGGUAGCGGCGCCGCCGCCGGCGUGGACGUCGAUGGACUCGAUGUAUUCGGUGUCGCCGCCGCCGAGCAGCGUCCCGAUGCCGACGUCGCUGCUGCUGGCCGCCGGCGCCGGGCGCAAGAAGGUGCCGACCCCGUGCGCCGUGCAGGUGGCUGGCGCUGGCGGGGGCGUGGACGUCGGCGCCACCGACGAGCUCCGCCGCCUGCUCCGGCUCUAGCCACCGCCGCUCUGCCGUGUGAUGGGGUGGCAAGGCGAGGGAGCUGUGGAUGGAUGAAGCCCGUACGUUCAUGGGUCUUGGGUAGUUUUUUUUUACCGCGCCCGAGACGGAAUCCUGACGAGGCUGCUCCUCCGAGCUGUAACAACGAUGUACUGAUUCAGUAUUGCCACUACCAAUGUUGAUUUCUUUUCAGUUC